AGUCGUGAGUGUGUCGGUGGUGGUGGCUGUCGGCAUAUUGUUAUGUCAUGCGUGUGCUGUGCCGGGGUGUCGGUCGGGUCACUGUGCGCCUAACCUACUGAAGAAAAAUAAGAGAAAAGCAGGGUAGAGUGUUUCAUGUGCAACUUCAAAUGCCGGGAGUGAUGAAAAGAGUUAAUAGAAAGGAGUGCCUGGGCGUGGUGCGUGGUGGAAAGCUUACUGAUAUGAAGUGAAGUGGAAUAUAGAAAAUUAUGUAUUCAUGGUGGUAAUUGUGGCCGGGUUUUGGGUAACUUCGUGACCGAAUGUGCUCUGAAAUUUGGUUGCAUUCUUAUCCGUCUUGAAAAUCCAUACGUUUAUAUUAUCGAGUGUUCCGAAGUAAGAUAUAUUUUCCUUCCUAUUGAAAAACCAAGAAAGUAAUCGAUUCCUGUAAACUGUACACGGUUGCAUAUCUAUAUUCUUUUGGAGUGACUGCAUGUGGUUUGUGAAUUCGAUCUCCAGUGAAGCAUUACAAGUUUAUAAACGUCAAGAUACAGAAAAUAAAGGACGAGAAGAGGGUAAUAAAAAAGCAUACCUAAAACUGGAUAAGGGGCAAGGCUGGUAGAUAUUUGACAGAGAAGUGUCCGUGCUGCUCCCGCUCUUGACUAACCUGCAAGAAGCGGAGAGGCAGGCACAGCAGGCGGUGAAGGGAGGCUCGCCGCGACGCAAGGGCAGUAGGUAGCAGACAGCAUGAGAGACCCCGGCAAGGCUCAAGCCCCACCUGAUAUCAUGCUGGAGAUGACGCUCCUCACCCCCCCGGGCCAGGGUGGCGAGGAGGCGGCGAAGGGGCAAAACGGCGGCCCAGUGGUGACGUCACUCUCCUCGCCAGGCCAGGCUCAGGACCUCGCGACGGACCUGUCCACGCUGACGGAGAUCGAGCGGGACGCCAUCCUCUCCGUGCUGGACCGCGACGCCAAGGUGCGGCUCAUGGACCAGGACCACCUGCUCCGCCUCAAGACGGAGCUGUCGUGGCUGCGGCGUCGCGGCGCGGUGCGGACUGACGAUGAGGAGACGUCGCGGGCGUGUGGUCGCUGCAAGGCGGAGCUGGGCGUCAUCAUCAACAGGGGCGCGGCGUGCAGGGCGUGCCGCAAGCGUGUGUGCAAGCAGUGCCGCGAGUACACCAACAACGGCCGGGACUGGGUGUGCUGCGUGUGUCACAAGCACAUAGAGAUCCAGCUGGCCUCGGGGGAGUGGAUGAACGAGUUCGUGCGUCGGCCGAGCCGUCGACGGGAGAACAACGUGUACGUGCCGCCCACCGAUGUGGUUAAGAGGUCCCUCAUCAAGCGAUCAUGGACCAUAUCCAGAUCAGACUUGCGAGAGGACGGAACGCAGCGAGAGGCGACCGCUUCAUAUCCCAGCAGCGGGGGCCGGACCUCACCUGAGCCACGGGCGCCCGCACCCCACCACAGAGGACGCGCACACCGCCCACCAGCCGACGAAAACGAGCCUCCGUGGGACGACUCACAGCCGCCGCCUCGGAGGCCCCCGUCCCGCCGAUAUAGUAUGAGCAGCCUUGACGGUGUUGUGGUCACACCACGUCACCCGAAGGGCCCUGCACCCCCCCCUCCGCAGGACGCCACAGGCAACGGAAAGGUCGCCCACCACCCCUCGGUGCCAUACGUGCGUGUGACCCCCAAGCGGCGCCUCCUGCCUGAAGUGCCCAAUACCUACGGGACGGCCGAACGUCCCUCCACGCUGCCUCGAAAUCUUCGCAAGGCUCGAGAGAACAGUCACUCCACCAGCCACUCCCAGCUGUCCCCGCCCACCGCCGACGACCCUGCCAGGUUCCACUCUAUGCCUCGCACUCGCUCGCGAUCCCCAAGUGGGCCUGGCCGUGGACGCUCGGAGCCGUCCCGACGUGUCGCCUCCCCCGUGGCUCCCCUCCGCGAAAAUCCAGCCCUCGGAGGCUACAUAAGCUCGGGGCCUAUAACCAGCACGCCCAUCAACCACGACCCCGGCAUUGGUCCGCGGCGGGGCGGCCCGGUGCCACCCACGCCCGCCCCCAGGGACUUGACCCGACACCCAACCAGCGGCCGCCCGCCCGACCAGGCAGCCACCAACACUUCUCUGCGGCGACUCCCCCAGUCUCCUGGCCAGGCCCAGGGGGUGACCCGCAUCAUUGAGAUAGAGAUGGAGGGCGAUAGUGGCUUGUCGCCCCCGGCCCGCGCCGCGGCAUCCAGAACUAACUCUGCCGUCAGUUCCUCCUCCCGGUCCUCUGACCCUAAUGACGGGGAGCGCGAAGGUGUCAAAGGUUUCAACAAAGUGACUCGCUCUCACGCCCCCUCCCCGCCCGACUCCCGCUCUCUGUUAACACCCCCAACGCAAGCGACACCGCCCCGGCAGGUGUCCUCGUCGCCCCUGCGUCCCACCGCGUCGUCUCCGCUACUCCUGUCUCGCCAACCGUCCUCAACCCUGGCCCUCUCACGCCCCUCCGCCUCCAUGAACGGCCUCAACUCCGGCUAUGCCACGACGGGUCGGUCGAAGAAGCCCUCCCACAACCCGGCGGGCGUGAGGCGGAGCCGGUCCUUCCAGGUGGGUUCAGGCAGGGUGGACGAGGAGUACCCGCCGCCGCUCAGCAAGGACUCUCUCUCCGGUCAGGUUGCACGCUACGUUCGGGAACUCGAAAAGGGAAUACAAAUGACGGUAGAAAAUAUGAUGCCCAAGAAACACCCUCUCCUCCAGGGCGAACACCUCAAGCCCCCGCCCAGUCCCUCCAAAGACUCCAGCCACUCUGGUCGAAGACUCAUCUUGGAGCGGCGUCCCAAGGACCGGCGCCCCGCCAGCUCGCCCAGCGACUCUGGCGGUGACGGCACGACCAAGCUUGAGUUUGAUGACCGAUCGUCUGGCCGACACUCCGACAACUCCUCGACGCAGCGCCACUCAGACACCGCCUCUGACAUUGUCCUGGACGCAGAAAAAAUACAGCCUGAGGGCGAUGAUUACAAGUUGGUCUUCAUCAGCUCUGACUCUUCUAAGGACUCUGAGCUGAACUCCUCCAUAGAUUCUGACACUUCUGGCUCACCCUCGAGGCGGGUGUCGAGUAUGAGCGCCGUGAACGACUCUGACAACUCUGGCUUCAUCGACGAGAGUGACUGGGAUUACUAUGAGUCGCAGUCUCAGGCGGGGCGGCAGCGGCGGGCGAAGGGCGCUGCCCCGCGCGUCACUGCCCCGACCCGUGUGGACGCCUGCGUCAUGACAGACGGCGAGUACCUGAGCGGUGGUGGAUCUGAGGGGGAGGAGGACAGCGAAGCCGAACUGUCACUCCGAGUGCCUUCUCCCGCCAGCUCCCCCUCCCACCUUCGGCAUGACAGUGGGGUCAGCACGGAGAGUCCGGAGACAGACGACACAGCCACGCCCGUCCCCAGCCAACCCAUCCUGGGCCCCCUGGGUGCUAUGGAUACAAGGGAUAUUCACGCUAUGUUGCGCCAGACGGAGGCAGUGCAAGCUGAGGCUCAAGCUCUCCAGGCGGCCCUGAUGGGCGCCUUCACCCCUUCAGAACCUGCUCUCACUGCUAUUACCGGCGGGCGUUGGUUCAGGCCGAACAACUCCACCCGCAACUCGGCUGAACGGUCCACGAGUGAAGUGUCUUGCCACGACCAAGCACGUGACGCGGGCACUCCCCAAGAAUCUCCUGCUCUUCGAGAAUAUCGCAAUAGAGUCUUAACGGAAAUACAGAAUUACUACGGUGUCAACCCAGGCUCCGCCGGGGCUGGCCGUGGCCGCCUGCACACGCAACAGCGUCCACGCCCGGCCCCUGAUGUUCCUCCCCCUCCCUUAUCUCGAUUAUCUUAUCAGAGGAGAACCAAGCCAACGAGAGAGGCUUGUGAACACGACGCCAGUAUGAGAGCUGCGCCCGCACCGGCGGGUACUACACCUGUGCGCAAGUCUAGCCGGGACAUUUGUAUACAGACUGACCCAGACCCAGCUGUCCUCACCUCCAGUUUUGAGGAGCCGCCAGCCUCUGCGUCUCCAGAACAGCCUUCUCCUCCCGCCAGGCCGCUGCGAGGCUCCUCUCACCGCCAGCCCGCCACACAGGCCACUAGAUUACCAACAAUAACGAAGGAUACACAGCUAAGGCCGCAAGGAUACAGCGCGUCCUGCGGCAGAGGUGGAGGUGACGGCGGUGUUAGGGUUGAGAGAGGUGGGGGAGGUGGGGGCCGGGAGCGAGAGGGGGUAAAGCCACUCUCCCCCCAGCUGCCUCACCCCCCUACCUUCCACCUGCACCUCACGCUCAGUCGAGAGACCUCAGUCGCGCACCCGUCCGACUCGGAGACGGAUGAGAGGCUCGCGGAGAACAGUUCCUGUGUCAGUAGUGAUCUCGGGGGGGAGUCUGCGAGUGAUUUCGAGUACAAAGACGACCCUAGUGAACGCGGGGAGUGUGUUAUGAGUAAAGUGAAGGUGAAAAAUGAACGCAAAGAUGGUGGAAUCCGUGUAUUAGAAACAGAGGGCAGCAGGGAGCAUGGCGGCCAAGGAGUGGGGAAGGAGGAGGCGCCUUGGUCCCCCCGCAUAGCAGCAGCCAACACCACGCACGCACCGCCCAGCACACGCCCGCCAGCACCACCGCCCCAGCCCUCCCCCGCCACAGCCAUGAACGCAGCACGCCCUCCACAGGUCACCCUCCCCCAGGACCAGCUCCAUCCUGCAGGAGACGGAGACCUCGACGCCUGUGAAAGAGUAAUCCAGGUGGAGGACGCGCCUUCCAGCCCGUCUCCUGCCCCGCCCUUCCUUCUCAACUUCGGGAAGGGUGUGGAGGCGCCCUCGAGUGGCACGAGUGAAGGUGAGGACACAGACGAAGACGUGCAUGUGUCUCGGAGCUACGACAUCACCGGCGAGGGUGGAGGCAGCGGGAGUGAGGCAGAACACAGCGGCCCGGAGGAGUCUGUCCCGGGCCUCCUGCAAGUGGAAAAUGACUCCUCCUCAUCCUCCGGGGACAGCGACACCGACGAGGACAAGCACGUCAGCAAAAAAUACAACCUCACAAGGUCAUCUUCAUCUGAGUCCGAUUUAGCUCAAUCAGACACGGACGCUCCUGAGGACCUCGAGCCCAGUACAGCAGCCGGCGAGGAGCCGCCCGUGGAGGCUGUGAACCCUGACGUGAGCCUCGAGGUGGUGGACGCGGCCGAGGCUGGCCUUAUCAAGGAGGAAGAAGGGGAGGGGGAGGGAGAAGAAGUGGCGGUGGAGGCCAUAAAUCAACAAAUCUGUGAUCUCACAUUGAACGACACUGUUAUUCAAACGGAGGGCGGACGGCAGCCGGCCGAGGACGCCUCCGCCCCCCAGGAGGUGGAUAAUGCGGAGGUGAAGGAUGAAGUGGAUAAAGCAGAUAGUUUUAAAGUAAAUUCUAGUGAAAAGGACGAGAGUGAGAGCGAGUGUAAAGGUAGCAGCUGUGUGCAGGCCGGCGAGGCGUACCCGAGUGAGGGAGGGAGUGGGGAAGCCUCAGGUGUGCUGGCGGAGGGUGGCGGUGACGGCGGCGCAGUCUGUGUGGCGGAGGAAGUGUGUGCGGAAAGGACUAGUGAAGUGCUCGAGGGGGAAAAAUGUGAUCAACAUGAGGAUGUGAAGGAAGUAUUAAGUGAAGAAAUUCAGGAGUGUAGCGAUGGUAGCGAUGAAAAUACGAGUGAGGAGAUUGGGAGUGGGAGCAGCGCGGAGAGUUUGGUGCUGAAUAAUGUAGUGAGUCCAGGUGAGGGAGAGGCUGAGAGCGAGGCCACGGCCGGCCCCGAGGCGCCAGCUGUGGACCAUGAAACUGCUCCUCAGGCUGACAUUACUCCGGAGGCAGAAGAACCAAGCUCUGCCGAUAUUUUUGACGUGGAGUGUGAGGAAGAAGUGACGGGCUCAGUAGAAGCGGCUCAAGACGUGGAGACUGAGGUUACGACGGGGGCGGCACCAGUGUGUGAGGAGCUGCCAGUAACAGCUGAUGCAACAGUACCCUCUGACACCGGCGCUCCUGAAAGUCCAGCCACUGAAAAAGAGGAGGAGGAGGAGGAGGUGGCAGGUGAAUCAAGCUCUGAGGCAAUUCAGGAAGAGCUGGGGGCAGGGAACUAUGAGUCACCUGCCGAAGGAGAGAACACACAAGACACACCAUCGUCAACUGAUGACGCUGCUACCACCAAAGAAGACACACAGCUGCUCGAGAUAUCCGAGGAGACUGAAAGAGAGACUGAUGGACUCUGUGAAGGGGAUGUGGAGGAGAGAAAGGAGGAAGAGGGAAAGGGUGCCUUGCCUCAAGGCCCGAGCGUGCCCGGGUAUCCAAGUGAGAGUAAAGACCAAUUCUCCGGAGAAAGUGAAGGGCCGGAGUCUGAUGCUGAAAGUAAGUCGGCGGCGGCGGCUGUGUCGGGUAAGAGCUCUGAAUCUGCUGGCACGAGUGCCGACACCGGAAGUGAGCAAGUGGAACACAGCGGUUCUGCUCUCAGUGGUGGCGGCCACACGGCAGUAACUCAUGACUCGCAUGCGGGCCCGCACGCGCCUCCCGCCGCUCCCAACAGUGACAGCAUCGUUUGCACAGAGGCCGCGGAGCCUGAGGAUCCAGAGCAAGUGAACGGCCAGGGCGAUGACGUGAUACUCGAGUGUGGUGAUACCAAAGUGAAGGAGUUGAGUGGUGAGGGAGAGUCCAGCGAGUCUGGCCAUUCGAGUGCUGGUGAGAGUGAGGAGGAAGGGGACGACCUUGGCAACGUGGUGAAGAUCAGUGUGACUGAAGGAAACGACAGUCAGCACGAGGACGACGGCGUCAGCAUCCCUGUCAAUGUGGUGGGCAGCGAGGGAGCGGGGCAGGAAGUGACAAGGUUUGCCGUGCGGCGGGUGCGUUCCCCCGAGAUAGUGUCCCGCCACACGCCCCCAGUACCCUCCCGACGCGCCAAGAGGUCCUCCUCCUCGGACGGCGUCUCCUCCUCCUCGGACAUCGACAGAUCUGACGCCGAUGCGAGCGACUCUGCCGACACCGUAGUAGAGGGCGGAAAGCUGCAUGCCGAGCUGCGUAGAUUUGCUCAACAACAACGUCGCCGCGACCACGACGACAAGGGCCGUGACUCAGACGGACCCUCAUCAGCUGACUCGGUCCUUCAGGGCGCCGACAGUGAGUCGCAGUGCUCAGACAACAGUGAGGAGGGGAACUUGGUGUCCAUUGUGUCCGUCGGGGAUGAAGACGACCACAGCAAUCGUCUGGCCUCGCAGGGCAGGAUCUAUAUCAGGUCAGACUCCACAGACUCUGACGUACAGAUCAAGCCCACCUGCAUCGUCGUGACGGGGUCGUCGGGGGCUGAGUCGGGUGAAGAUCUCGAUGCUGAUGUUGAGGGCAGCAAUACGGACCGUAACAUCAAGAAAGAUGGUAAUGACGUGACCAUCCUGGAGGUGACGAGUGACGUGCGGCGCGGCCACGUCAUGUCAGUACACGUGACUAGUCCAGACUCCUCGCGCAGUGCGUCGCCUGCCCGGAGGAGUCAGGUGAGCGAGUUGCAGUCCAUGAUACUCACUACUCGCGAACGACAACAACAAUUCCGUCGUUCUCCGACAGAAUCUUCUUCCAGCCUUGCCAACUACUUCACGCUCACCUUAGGCACAGACUCCCCGCACGCCCCGCGGAGGCUCAACAAGACGCCUGAGAUCCGUCGACGUAAAGUUGAGCGGCCCGAGUCUGUGGAGUCUCCUACGGCACCAAGUCCAAUAAGUCCAGCCCAGACUCCAGACCACUCCGAGGGGGAUCUGCUGGCCUACGAGGAGCACCAUGGCAUCGACAUCGGGGAUGAGUUCAACAGCCAGCCACAGGAGGCUGACUCUUGGGAGGACGGAGACAGAGCCGUCUCCUUCCCUGACGAGGCCGAAUUUGAAGAAGACGUCUCCUUCGACGAAAAUAAUCAAAGCUUCGCCGAGGGAGAUGAGUUCGACGGGGAAGACAUUUACAUGGAUCGUGAAGUGGAAGGAAGAUUUGAUUCAAUUGAGGACGGCGAGUCAAUAAACAGCGAGUCUAAUUACAGUGAAUCUUCAGGUGACGAAGCCUGCGAUAGAGAGGACGAACUUCGGGGUUACUAUAACAGAGCUAUUGACUUCACGCUCCACACCAUCAUUGAGGAGAGCUGUGAGGAGAGCGACUAUGAGAGGAAGCCGAGGGAGGAAGAUUCUUUGAAAGCUGACCCUUCAGAGCUAGAAAAAUAUUUUUACUUCGACUUAGGCAACGGACCCGCCGACCCCAAGAAGUACGCCAAUGAGGAGAGUGAGUACAGCGACACCUUCUCAGAGACGUCGAGCUCCAUCUUCAGCGAAGGGGUUGACAUCGAUUCUAAAUAUGACGAGGAAACAGACCCGGCAGAGCUCGCGUCAUCAAGAUUGGAGAAAUACUUCUUGACAGAGUUCAUGUUCGAGCGACAGCCCUCCAUCAGGUCAAUGGGCGAGGAUUCUGAGCUCCACACAGACGAAAGUGGCUCCGUUGGCAGUGACUCCGAAGGUUCUCCCAGCCCAGAACAGCCGAGGAAAAAGGUUGUUAUGAGGCGGCCUCGGGGGUUUCGUACAGGAGUAGCCAAUAGAUGCCUGGUGUCCAGCGGUGACAGGUACGACGGAGCCCCCAGCGACGGCUCUCAUCACUCAGAAGGGGACGACGUGGAGAGGACGAUGGUUAGUGGGGAGGACGAGGCCUCCACGGAGUCUGAGGAAACAGCCUUUGACAAGGGAGAUGGUCAGUUUGACACGAUAAAAAGAAGGAAAAAGAAAAAGAACUCUGGCGACUAUUCUGACAAGAAAUCGGAUAGUGAUAAAAGUGAACUGAAAGUUGUUGAACAGCAGCAUGACGCCGAUCACAGGGAGGACCUGAGUGAGCUAAAGAACGCCGAGGCACUGAAGUCACUGAUGCACGAAGGAGAAAAGGUGACGAAACGCGUUACAAUAGACUUUGAUAAAGACUUCAGAGAUAAGUGUGACGAGAGGAUGGAAAAAGAAGGGGACCUUUCUGACCGGAAAUACCAAAGUCGAGACAGUGGAUUCAUUGGCAGCUCGGAUGACCUUCUGAAAGACAAGCCUGAAGACUCCAGAGAUCAAAAAGGACGCUCCUCCUCGGAGUCCAGUGUGGACGACGGCGAGGCGUCCUCAAAAAGAACGGACAGCCUACAGGUGUCAACGGGCAAGAAUGGCGAAGGUAAAGGUGACAGCUUUGACAACGACAGCAACAACAACAAGUCUGAGACGGAGGAGCGAAGCAGCGGGGACGGGAAGGUGUCAAGGUCCAGCACGGGCUCCUCCGUCGACCUGACGCCUUUCUGCCCCGAUAAGAUGAGAAACAAGAUUUGCCGGAAAGAUUCCUUCAACAACUGGAGCUCGGACGAGGAGACCAACAUGAUGAUGAACAAGAUGCGCGCCUUCUUCAAGACGAUGAUCAGCAACAACCGCGAGGCCCCGAAGGGACAAAGAGUGAAGCCGCCUCAGCUGCUGGCCUUCGAGGCGAAGCUCACCAACCUGAUGAAGACGGUGCCCGGCAUCAACGACGAGCAGGUGAAGGAGAUCGUCGAAUACCUGAGCUCCGAGGACACCUGGAGCGACUCUUACGACUCCUCAGAUUACACGAGCAGUGAUUUGGAGGGCGCCUAUGCUCUGCUCGAUCAGGCUGAUCCUGAAAUGAGAAGUGACCUCCAAGAACAAAUUUCUGCCUCGUGUCAACAAAUAAUUCAGAAAUUUGAUCAGAGUCGUGAGCCGAGCGACACUGACAGCGCUCACUCCCUCACCCGCUCAGAGAGUUCAGAAGACGCGUCGCCCUCCAGCAAGGACACUGUCUUCGUUUACCAGCGGCUCAUGUCCUCCAUCUCUCGCCUCAAGCCAGACAGUGACCGGGGAAGCAUUGGCUCCGGCUCCCAGGGUGCCUCUCCUCCCCUCCUGGCCAAGGUAAUGCACCACAUCGGCAACAGGCUCGUGGCACUCAUGCACGAGGUGUCGGGCGGCAGCGAGAACGGCGAUGACGACUCACUGAGCGGCGGCCACCCCGUCACCUCCAGCCCCAAGGUUCCACUUUUCCUCCCGAGGAAGCACAAGUCUGUAGAGUCCAUCUCAGACUCCUCACUGGACAAAAGUUCAUUGACUAGCACCAGUUUCGAGUCUGAGGACAGCCCCACCGACACCGAACAGUCCCCAGAGUCCGACCCAGGCACCCCCAAGGCCCGCAGCCAGAGACAGGGACAGGGGCCACUUUCUGUUAUCAGCGAGCGAUCCUCAGCCGAAGACUUCACCUCCUUGGAGAGUCAGCGCACGGUGUUCGCCUCACACGACUCUCCCCGUCACCAGAUACGUCCAGACGCCGCUCGGCCCCAGCAGAGUGCGUCAUCUGAACGGAGCCUGGAGGAGCGGGGCGUCACCAACAUCCAAUACUUCGUGACGGAAGGCAGCAACAACGAGGUGGAGGUGUGGCAGAGCGUCACUAUCGACGAAGAUAAAUUCGAUGCUCGAGAACACCACGGCGUCCCCCGCGCCCGCCGCAGCGCCCGGAGGCAGGAGACAAGGAAAGCAAAGAGCCACAUGAGCCUUGAAAAAAUCCACCAGGAGGAUGUUAAGGCCACAGGGGAGAGGUCAGAAUCACUUGGUGACUUGCUCGACCGUGUUCGCUCCUCAGAGUUCUCCAGCAGCUACGAGCAGUUAGACUCAGACUCCACACUCAAGGCCUCAGACUCCCUCGAUCGGCACAUUUGUAGCAGUUCCUCAAACUUUCGCCUCAACGCCUCCAGUCGAGGCUCCCUCACCACCAGCAGCCGAGGCAGCUUGGCGGCGUCUAGUCGUGGCUCAUUGAAUGCCGGGUCCCGAGGCUCCCUCCAAGGCUCCUCAGGCCCCGAGGAAGAGGAAGAGAAAAAGCCGAAAAAGUUAAACUUCUUCCGAUACGCGCGACGGUCGUCCAUGCCGGACACCAGCAAGGACCGCAUGUCCCCGGAGGUGCGGUCCACUACUCUACCUCGAUCAAAUCCGACCCAGGUGGCCUCCACGGCCUCCCUCCCUCGAUCUCAGUUCGCUCUACUCAACAAAACUCCUCCGUCCGUCACCACCUCCACGCACACCACCGUAUCUUCCCCGGCCUCCACCCUGGAGAGGCUGGCGGGGAUGGGCUCGUCGGUUCCCCGCUCCGCCAGGUACCACGCCCCCGGGUACCGACCUCCUCCCUCCACCACUCCCAAGCGUACCGUCUCCACCCCGGGGCUCUCUUCCUUCAGGAAGGACACAUUCAGCUGGGCGCGUCAAGCUGACACCGAUUCCACACCCACACGCCCACUCGGGGGAGCCUCCACACCCACUCUGGGCUACAGUUCAGACUCCACCCACACUAACACCCACAACAACACAUCCUACACAACCGUCCUCGCCUACAACCUGCCUGCCACACCCACCAGCUCGGCACGCUCCACGCCCACGCCCAAGAGACGCGUCCUCCCCAGCCCUGUGAGGUUUUUGUCCGAGGCGUCCAUAGAGCAAGAGAACGGCAGCUCACCUGCCCUCAACGACACACCCCAAGAAACACCCACAACCACGACCACCACCAGUACAGCCACACGCACGCCCGAUGAAUUCUAUGGUAGCAUUGACACGUCUCCUCGCCUUCAUAGCAACUGGGCGAGGAAGUUUCCCUCCACGCGGAAGAGCAAGGCUGUUGAGGAGGCAUUCACCAACUCAUUAGAGAAUAAAAAGUCACAACUGAAAGGCUCCCAAAGCUUCACGCCGGCACGCCGCUACGAAGUCAAUGCCCAGCGACACACUGGAGAGGCCGUGAAGCGUGCCAGCCCGUGCUCCGAGAUCGCCCAGCCGCUGAUCAUCGCCACGCCCUCACUCCUCGCCCUGUCCUCAUCCUCGUCCUCGUACUCGUCGCCUUUCACCCGCAACCCCACGCCGCCGCCUCGGUCCAGGAAGCUCAAGUCCUCCUGCAGCACCUUCGCCACCAUCCCUGAGUGUGCCGGGGAAACAGAUGAUACCAGUGGCGGCGGGGAGCACACUGGCGGCGGCGGAGGAAUUGGAGACCUAUCAUCCACGCACCACCAUGGAGGCAGUGGAGGCAUCGGAGGAGGCGGGGGGCAGAAGAGCGGCUCCCCGUCCCCUCUUGUUGGUUCCGUGGGGAGGAUCUCGGGCAGGGACAGCGUGGCGUCCCUCACCUCCUCCACGGACACCUCUUGCCUCACGCACCCUGACGAGGACAUCGAGAGUCUCCUGCAGCUCAACGAAAAGAAGAUCUCCAACCUCACCCCCCUUGGAUCGCGGAGUGAGAGCAUGGCGUCGGUGUGUUCCGCGGGCGCCGAGGGUCGCUACGGCACUGUCAUCAUCCGUGGCGAGAUCGAGCUGGGCCUUCAGUACAACUACAAGGAAGGGCAGCUCGAAGUCCACGUGGCGCAGUGCCGAGACCUGGCAGCCGUCGACACCAAGAGGAACCGCUCCGACCCGUAUGUCAAAGUCUACCUGCUCCCUGACAAAUCCAAGAGUGGCAAGAGGAAGACCAAGGUGAAGAAGCACACACUCAACCCGGUCUUCGAGGAGGUCCUGAAGUUCAGCACAACCAUGAGUGAGCUGGAGAGUCGCACACUGUGGGUCUCUGUGUGGCACAGUGACAUGUUUGGACGCAAUGACUUCCUUGGGGAGGUAGUCAUCACCCUUGCUGAUACAGUGUUUGAUGAUGUGUCCCCCAAGUGGUACUCUCUGCAGGACAGGAUGGAGCCUUUGGAGGAGCUGAGUUACAGCCCUCGAGGGGACUUGAUCCUGGCCCUUAAGUUCGUGCCACCUGAUGCAGUGAGCAACAAAAAGUCCCGCCGGUCUCGUGGUGCUCUCCAUGUCCUGGUGAAGGAGGCAAAGAGCCUAGCAGCAGUAAGGCCUCAUGGAACAGCAGAUCCCGUCUGCAAAGGGCUGCUACUUCCUGAAAAAGGGAAAGCCUCCAAACAGAAGACAAGUGUAUGUCGCAAAACAUUGAACCCCACUUGGAAUCACACCCUAGUCUUUGAUGACACAAGUCUGCAGGAGCUCACUGAGAGGGCAAUGGAACUCUCUGUGUGGGACCAUGACCGACUUGGACCCUCACAUUUUCUGGGAGGCUGCAGGCUGAGCUUAGGCAAAGGCAAGCAUGGUGGGCGGCCAGUUGAGUGGAUGGAGGCAGCUGGGAUGGAGGUGAAGCUAUGGGAGCAGAUGCUUGACCGCCCCAACCUGUGGGUGGAGGGAUCCAUCAUGCUCCGACCUACAAUGGACAAGCCAAUUUAUUCCUCCUCCAUGACAGAAUAGAUGGAGUGAAUUUUUUGAAGCUUAAAGUAUCUCUUUGAAGUCAAUUACAUCAUCACUCCAGGACAGGGUGUUUUGUUUGGAAAAUUGUUAAGUAUUAAAAGGCUGUUUAAAACAAUGGUAAAUCACUAAGUAUUUAAUGCCAUUAUAUUUUUAUAAAUAAUUGCUGAAAUAUGGAAUAUAUAUAUCUGCCAGUAUCCAUUAUGGAAAUUAGAAAUAUUAACCACAACCAAGCAUAACACACUACAGACUCGGACUCGUAUGUAUUUUUAAAUCAUGUUGUAUGAUGUUCCUAAUUCUGUAAAAGUUUAAGGAAAAUUUCUUUUAUAAGUUUUGACAUUCCAAUCACACUUAAUAAUAUAAUUGAUUUUAUCAAACCGUUUUUAAGUGUAGUCAGUUAAGAGCUGAUGAGGUGUUGAUCAACGUGGCUUGUACCAAAGACUGCUCUGACAACCACAAUGACGGACCAGAGUGUGAGGGGGCAGUGGGCGAACAGAAAGUCACAUGCUAAAUGUGUGCUUAGAAGAGUGAUGUCAAGCACAAUGCUCCUAGAGAGGUGUUCACUUUCUUGUGUUGUGUAUGGUGGUUACAAGAGGCUGAAGUGAAGAUAUGGAGUGAAAUAUUUGUUUGAAGCCUGUGGCUUCAUGCCUGUUGCUUUUAUUACUUGUAUGUAGAGAAUUACUGAUUUGAAUAAAAUGUGGUACAUGAACAGAUAUCAGUUCACAAGCUCAAAAGUUUGACCAGAGAAGUCAUCAAAUGUAUCAUUAUCAUCUUCACACUUCUACAUAUUAUUUGAUGGCAACUGGCAAACCUUUUAAUAUUUUUUUUCCACUAUGGAAGGUCAUAGCCCCCAAGGAUUCACAUUAGUUAGAUAAUAUUUUUGUACCAGAUAUGGAAAAGAGGUUGUGGCAGGUGUUGCCAGUCUCCUGUCAUCCAGUGCAAGCAGCAAUGAUGUUAGUUAAUUAACCAUACUUCCGCUACCAGCAUCCUUAAGAGGUGAUUGGUAUUGAUACAUUUUCAUAGUUUUCAUGCCUAAAAUAUUUAUGAAAAUAUUUCACCUUGUCAGUAACACUGAGGCUACAAUAUACUCAAAGACGUGCUGUCCCAACAACCAGAGUCCUAUCUAGCUAAAAGCUGCACUGGGCACAAUUCACUCAUAUAGGUAAUAAAAUGUACAUUGCAAUCUUCCGAAAUGAAUUGUUUCUUGUAUAGUGUGCCAAUGAGGAAUAUAUGCUGGUAUAGAAUUUAUAAUUUAUCUCACCGUACCUAUUAUUCAUGUUUGUAUAUGAAGAGUGUAUAGAGUGUGGCAGAAGUAUUGAGGAGGAUUAUGUACACUUGUUCUCUAGGUCAUCUGAUUCUGCUUCUGACACAACAAUUUCUCAAUGUGCCAAGGGUACACUGACGCAUUUGAGAUGAGACGACCAUCCCAUCACGACAAUAACAAGCCUUUCCCUAAUGGUAUGAUGAACUUAUCAUUUCCCUAAUGGUAUGAUGAACUUAUCAUCGGUAAAAGGAACACUUAAGGGCUCAACUUAAAUGUGUUUGAAAGAAGACUGACAGCAUUACACAGACUGCCUUGUAACUAAUGCUUCACCAGUCCCUUUCCGGACCAAGCCCCAACAUUCCUCUGUGCUGUGAGUGUCCCCUCCUACUGUCACCAACACCACCUCAGCUGAUAGGACUAAUGCCUACACUGCUUCAUUAUAAUUGGUUCCAAUCCCAUUCCUUGUUGUUAUAUUCUCACAUGUAACUUAAAAUAGAGCUUUAUCAUGUUUAAUAAAACUAAAUGAUU